AGAAAAAAAUCCAUUCGCGAAUAUGAGGACACGACUUUAGCCUGUCCUACCGGUCCUCGUUCCGGCGCAUUAGCUCGGAAUGUCACCACCCGACACCCGAAAUGUCUCCGGAAUCGCCGAAUAUCCUAUUCGGCUGGCCAUAUAUUCUCUUUCCUCCUCCGCGCGACCUGCAUCAGACAAGCAGGCGUAAAACGCGUCAACGACGCGUUUUUUUUUUUUCAGACAACUUUCAUAUCUCGGUAUCUUCCAUGGCGAUCCGGGAAUAUGCUAUUUACGGCGAGGCCAGCCUACCCAGCUCCACGUUUCGACAAUGCUUGAGCGCUUGUUUUGCUGGUUUUUUCUUUUUCUUUAUUAUCAUUUGAUCAUUUGCUUCUUCCGCAUGUUCUCGGGUUCCCCCAGCUCCGAGGCUUUGAUGGAAACGGAAUUUCUGCACCUCAUCAUCCAUGCGUCCAUGCGCCCACCCGUUUGCUAUCUAACGGAUCGAACGGGACGGGUUGCAGAAUGCAGAAAACCGGAUUCGUUUCCGGUGGAUGAGUACGGAAUCACAGUGCUUAUCUAUUAUCCAUCCCUUUUACAAAGCCUCCCCUCAGCCCCACCUUACCCGUUCACUCGUCAUGCUUGUUUUGAUGGCAGGGAGACGCAUGUGUAUAUUGUGGGGGAUUCGCAGAAAGAAGCUUUACCAAACUGGUCAGCCGGGCUUAUUUACCUUGAGCCCUCACUAACGUGGCGGAAGAAGAUGCCUUCCGUCCCUCCCAACCUAAUUUCGCGUGGUUCCCCUCGCUUUUAUUGUCUCAUACUGUGGCUUUCUUUCUUUCGGUUUAGAAAGAGGGAGAAGGACCGCGUUUGUUGCCGGCGGGCGAAACCAAUGAUGGCACGAUGAUGGCCGGGGGAAUGGCCGAUGGUGUGUGCAUCAUACCAAUCAUGCCAGGCAUGCAUGUAUAUCUUGCAGUCGUAUGUUUCAUUCUGUUCUUAUUUCGCAUCGUGGGCACAUCAUGGUGGUCUAUCUCGCUUUGGUGCCAGUUUUUGGCAGGUGCAUUAGCACCCGCACGGACCUCGGAUUGGCAUGCCCUUUUGUUUCAUUUUUUUCCGGUGCAGAGUUGUUUUUCGGUUUU